AUGUCUCGCGAGCUCACUGUAUCUUUGGAUGCCGCACCACAUAUCCACGUCUUCCACCAAUCCCGACUUCCACAUCAACAUGACCUCCGCCUCAACCCCCUCUCGGUAAUCGAUCGGGUCACACCCCGGCUCACCCCCUCUUCCGACGACCCCUCACCGCAGGUCAAGGUCCACAUCCAGCACCACGGCACGGCAAGUCAAGACAGCCUAAAGAACAGGCCAAGGCCAGGAACACAGUGCAGUGCCGACCUCCCCGUCCCCGCUGCCGUGUGCCCAGCACCGCUGAAAAUCGACCGAUGCCAUUCUCAUAUCCACAACCACGCAGAAUCGCUGUCUGCUUCUGGAGCCCAAACAUCUCACUAA